UGAAAGGAGCAAACAGAAGUAAAAUUGUCUGUAUGUAACAAAUAGUUGGGGAGAAGUUGGGCAAAAUGAAGCAUAUAUUGAAGACAUACAAUGAAGCAGUUAUAUUGUUUCUCUUCCUGUAAGAAGCAUGUCUGACUCCAUUUAAGUAAUGCGGAGUUGUUCUUUAUCACAAAACUUGGCCUGAAUUAUGUGAAGUUCCAAAACAGAAUUAUAUUACAUUUCAGAGUUUCAAAAUACUUUGAUAGGUCAAAGUAUUGAGAUGAUGGGACUAACUGACAAAGUUUAUAGUGAUAAGCAAUGUGUUUAUCAAGCAACCGAAUAACAUUGUUGACCUAUCAUGCACAAAUGCUGAUUUUAUUACUUUUUUUUUUUUGCUAAAAUACAUUUUGAAAUGAUCUUUUUGUAUUCUGAAAGCUGAGAUUUUAGGUUUUGUGUGGCAUUCAGUAAAAAAAAAAAAGAAAAGAAGUAUUGAAGGAAAAAUGACUUGUAUUUAUCCCAUUUCCUUUAUCUAUAACUUAAGGAUAACAUGGUAUUUGUUUUGUUUUGAUUUAAAUGUUCUGGUGGGGGUUGGUUAGGAAAAGUGUUGGGCUUCAGAGUGGACAGGGGAGAAAGGGACAAGGAGGUCCAGUAGAUGUAUAAUGUCAUAUUUUGCUACCAAACAGAAAAAACAACUUAGAAAGGUAACCGGUAAAUGUCAGGUAACUGGAGAUUGCAGUUUUGCGGUCAAAUUAAAUUCCGGGAGUGCGGAAGUGGCUCUGUGGUGCCGCCUCUAAACGCCCAGAAGUCAACCCCCUUUCUACACGGAACGCUAGGCCUCCGACCGCUAUGGAUAGGCAGCAAGGGCAACAAAGCCACGCGACGUUGGCACUCGCCCAAGCUCACUUCGAGAAAGGCGACUACGCGGAGGCCGAGGCGCUGUACUCCGCUUUCAUUCGCCAGUACGCCUGUGCGGGCUCCGUGGGAGCGGCGCCCGGCAGCAAAUGCAGCCCUGAGGAUUUGGCUACUGCCUACAACAACAGGGGGCAAAUCAAAUACUUCAGGGUUGAUUUUUAUGAAGCCAUGGAGGACUACACAUCGGCCAUACAAGUCCAACCCACUUUCGAAGUUCCGUAUUACAACAGAGGGUUGAUACUGUAUAGGCUGGGAUACUUUGAUGAUGCUUUGGAAGAUUUCAAGAAGGUAUUAGACUUAAAUCCUGGAUUUCAAGAUGCUGCUUUGAGCUUAAAACAGACUAUUCUAGACAAAGAAGAAAAACAAAGAAGAAAUCAUUGAAAAAAUUUUUGCAAGUUUUAACUUAAUUAAAAUAUUGACUCAUGACCCUUCUAAUACCUGGCAUCUCAUUCUUUAUGAUGUAAAGUAGGUGUUGAGUGAUUACUAUUUUUUUUUUUUUUUGGUGACAAGCUAUUUUGAUAUAUAUUUAAGAUGAAGAGAUUCAUGCCUUAGCACUGGAAGUUAAAUAAUAUAUUUAAAGUAGUUAAUUUCAGCUUGAGCAACUGUUGAAUAACUGCUUUUUGUAAAGUAUAAAUAAAUAAUAUCAAUGCAUAGUUGUAUAUGAUUACAGUAAAAUAUUUAAA